GGCGUGACAUCAGACUGUCUGCUGUUAUAGUCGAGAGGAAGGAACAUGAAUCAGUCUCCUGUGUAACGUGAACGGAGGAGAGGCGAUGCUACGGCUCCAGAUGCUCUGCGCCUCAUCCUCAUCAUCAUCAUCUUCUUCUUCUAGUCUCCUACUCUCCGUCUUUAUGCUUCAAAGGCCUUACGGGGACUGACACAACCCGCACACACGUACUCACAUCCAAAGGGAGGAAUUACACGCCGAUCCGAGCCGGUACCGGAUCUCCAUUGGCAAACAUCAACGGUGAGCCCCAGCUGUGGCCGGUGGGCAUGGUUUUGGAGGGUAGCUCAGAGGCAUUGUGUCCCCCCCAAUCUCUGGAGCUGCGCCCAUCGUGCAACAAGAGCCAGCCCUCACCUCCUCUGAGCUCAGGCUCACAACCACAUGACGGACUCUUCCCUGAGGACAAGGAGCCCGUCAAGUACGGCGAGCUCAUCGUUUUAGGACACAAUGGGUCACUGGCCAACGGGGACAAGGGUCGCAGAAGAAGUCGCUUGGCCCUUUAUAAGAGACCCAAAGCCAAUGGAGUUAAACCUGAUGUUAUUCACAAUGUCUCGACACCUCUGGUCUCUAAGGCACUCAGCAACAAAAGCCAGCACAGCAUCUCCUACACACUGUCACGGAGCCACUCUGUCAUUGUGGAGUACACCCAUGACACUAACACAGACAUGUUUCAGAUUGGCCGGUCCACAGAGAGCAUGAUUGACUUUGUCGUGACAGACACUGCAGGCAGUGGCAGUGGUCCUGGCGGGGGUGCUGGGGGAGGGGGUGGAGGACAGUCAGCUCAGAGCACCAUCUCUCGCUAUGCCUGCCGCAUCAUGUGUGAACGCAGCGCUCCGUACACAGCCCGCAUUUAUGCUGCUGGUUUCGACUCCUCCAAGAACAUCUUUCUGGGGGAACGGGCUGCCAAAUGGAGGACAUCAGAUGGCUUGAUGGACGGCCUGACGACCAAUGGGGUCCUGGUGAUGCAUCCAGCAGGGGAGUUUGUGUCUGAGCCGGCUCCGGGCGUCUGGAGGGAAAUCUCAGUUUGUGGCAACGUCUUUGCCCUGAGGGAGACCCGCUCAGCUCAGCAGAGGGGAAAACUGGUUGAAAAUGAGUCAAAUACCCUACAGGACGGCUCUCUGAUUGAUCUAUGUGGGGCUACCCUGCUGUGGAGGACCCCUGCCGGACUGCGGAACACCCCCACCCUCAAACAGCUGGAGUCCCUUCGCCAGGAGCUGAAUGCUGCACGGCCCCAGUGUCCCGUAGGGUUCAACACCCUGGCCUUCCCCAGCCUGGCCCAGCGCGAGAUUGUCGACAAGAAACAGCCUUGGGUCUACGUAAAUUGCGGCCAUGUGCACGGAUACCACAACUGGGGUUACCGCAAGGAAAAGGGCCCCGCCGGCCCUGGGGGCACAGCACCAGCUGGCACAGGGGAGAGGGAGUGCCCCAUGUGCCGGCGAGUGGGCCCCUAUGUGCCCCUAUGGUUGGGCUGUGAGGGAGGAUUGUACCUGGACGCCGGGCCGCCCACUCAUGCCUUCUGCCCCUGUGGCCAUGUAUGCUCAGAAAAGACAGUGGUGGGGUGGAGCCAGAUCCCAUUGCCCCAUGGCACCCACGCCUUCCAUGCUGCCUGCCCCUUCUGUGGUACAUGGUUGACAGGGGAACAGGGCCACAUCAAACUCAUCUUCCAGGGCCCUGUUGACUAAAGCCCAGACCUGGGAAGCAGGUCAGAAGAAAGUGAUGUUUGAUUAGACAGAGGUGGGCCUGCUCAGUAAAGACUGUAUGCACACUGUGAGUUGUCAGAGAAAGCACUGAUGACAAGUACAGGGAAAGGACUGUUAAAAUGAUGAAGUGAAAGCGAUAUGUGAUAGUAAAUGCCAAGGCUUCAUAUGGAAUAUGAGGUGUAUGGAGAAGAUGUAAAUAAACUGUGUUGAAAUGAA